UUUCUUGCAGUGUUGAAUCUCUCCUUUAAUCAUUCUUACUUUAGAGGAUCAUUCCUCAGCUUGAUUUUGUAUAUAAACAACAUGGACAACACAAGUACAGAACUCUAAGGUGGAUAUCUGCAUGAUUUCAUGAAUGAUCUUGAGAAGGGGGUGGACAUUCUCGUCGCAACUCCUGGAAGACUGGUAUAUUUGCUGGAGAGAGCUAGAGUUUCACUUCAGAUGAUCAGAUAUCUUGCACCAGAUGAGGUAGAUAGGAUGCUGGAUAUGGGUUUUGAGCCACAAAUAAGGAAGAUUGUUGAACAAAUGGAUAUGACCCCUCCAGGUGUAAGACAAAUUAUGCUAUUCAGUGCCACAUUUCCUAAAGAGAUACAGAGACUAGCCUCCGAUUUCUUGUCAAGAUACAUUUUUCUCGCUGUUAUGAGCAAAUACAUUUGUUUUUAUAUUUAAAAGUUUAUUUGUCUUGUUA